GCCUUCCCGACGUGACGGUCGCGGACGGGGGGCGGGGUCUCCCUUCCGUCGGCUGCAGGAAAGUCAACCGAGGGGACGUCAUGCUCGACCACGACGUCGCCGGCAGACCCGUCCUGAGCGUGGCCUUGAGGGACAUCCCCGACGCCUCCGCCCUCCGCCUCGGCCACGUCACGCGGGGUCUCGACGGCCUCACCUACCUCCUGGAGGCCGAAGAGCACCGCAAGGCCGAGGCGUCGGGCCUCCGGGCGAAGAUCCUGGCGACGGUGCGGCGGGAGGAGGAGGCCGUCUACCAGGUCACCCUCGGCAUGGACGUCUGAGGGGCGGCGCUCGGGAAGGGCCGUCGCGCCGAGAGUGAAGAAGGGAACCGAGAGAUUAAGAGUAAAGAUAAGAGGAAAGUAAGUGGAAUUCCUCUUCCUUUCUCAUGUAUAAAUGAUUACUCUAUUCAUUAUCUCCAAUUACCUUGUACUGACUGUAAACGAGUACAUAUUUACAUUUCUUAGUAUACCCGAAAUACAGUCAGUCUUCAAAUAAACGAAUAUAUAAAUCUGUAAAUAAAUGUAUAGAUAAAGAAUAUUGAAAUGACAUAGUAUAUAAUCUUUUACGCUUAGGAACAGCAUUUUCUGUAAAAUCAGCUAAUUGGCUAAAAUAACAUAUUCGGAAAUCUAUUUUCACACAAAAUAUAUGUAUCGUAUAAUCUUUUUUUUUUAUUUAUUUUUUUUUUUAUUUUUUGGUAAACAUGGUUAUCUAAGCCAUAACGGCCUCACUCCACAAGAAAUUACCGUCUGUUUUUGUUUGAACAUGAAAACUUAUUUAAAUGUAAUUCGCUUGGCUGUCUUACCAAGUUUGACAUUUGUAGUGUAUCUUAUAGCUCACAAAAAGAAUAAAUCAUCUGACAUUUGA